AUGCCGUUGAGUUGUACAGCCCGUGCCUUAAAAUUUUCGUUAUUCAUUUUCAAUUUGGUAUUUUUGGUAAGUGAUAUUUGGUAUCUAUCCGUGAAAAUGAUUGAUGUGAAAUGAUAGAAUAAAAUAGAAGCGUCUACCAAAUUGUGUAAAAAAAGAAGAUGAUAAUGAAAAUGUUCAUCUGUUCCAAAAAGUGCAUUACACCUUCUUCCUUCCGUUCUAAAUUUCAUUUCCGCUAGAUUACCUACAGUAAUCUCAAAUCUGAUUAAUUGUUUUUUUUAGAUUUGUGGAUUAAUAUGUGUAGGAAUUGGAGUUUGGUUAGUUCUAGACAAAUAUGCGAUUGAUAAUUUGGCAAUGGCUACAGCAAGAGUUCAAGGAUAUGAACAAGACGCUGGAUUGAGAGAUUUAGUAGGGAUUUUUCUUUAAAGAAAUAUAAUUCAAAUCAUAAGAAAAAUAUUACAGGCAACAAAACCAACAGCAGUUAGACAAUUCGGAUAUUUGAUUUUGGGUGGUGGACUUAUUGUCAUUUUUGUUGCAUUUUUAGGAUGUUGUGGAGCAGCAAAAGAAUGGAGACCUCUAUUAUGUUGUGUAAGUUAAUUGUGUUUCUAUUUUUGACAUACAUAGGAAACCAUGAACUUCAUCAGAAUAUCAUUUUUCAGUAUGCUUCUUGUUUGAUGUUGAUUCUUGCUAUUGAAAUCGCCGCCACCAUCUAUGCAUUUUUGCAUAGUCAUAUGGUUAGUUGAAUUCACAUCAAAAUUUCUGAAACACAUGUUUUUUUCAGUUUGAGAACGAUUUCCGUGGAAUGUUACAUUCAACACUAAAAAUGUAUAACGGAACGGAUUCAACGUAUCCAGCAAACGCAGUAGCAAAUAAAAAUGAUGGAAUGUUGGUGAAAAUUGCUUGGGAUAAAAUUAUGAUUGAGGUAAGAAAUGUUAUCUUCAAAGAAACACAAUUGAGGAAAAUUUAGUUGGUAUAGACCGAAAUUGUUUCUAAAAAUAGCCAAAGUUUAGAAAUUACAAAAAAAGAUUCAUUAGUCCGUUGGAACUCCAAAGAGAAUAAUUGUUCUGUUUCAAGUUCUAUUUUUGGAAGUUCCUUUAAGAAUAAUAGUCUAAUGAGAUGGGAGAAUUUUACAGAAUUCCAAUUUCUAAAAAAAAGUACAAUUUAUUCAUUUGUUUUUACAUCAAUAUUCUGAACCUAAAAUUAAUUAAAAUUAAAAAAAAAUGCUAUUUUUGUGAAAUAGCAUAUGAAGAGUAUGGUUCAAAAAUUGUAGUGUUAUGUCAAAAACCAACCUCGUGGUCUUUAAAAGUUUAUAAACCAAAUUGUAUUUUAGAGUGAUUCAAUAUAUCUUAAAAGUACAUUUCUGUUUUUUUCAUCCUCAAAUUGGUAUAAUUUUAAAAAAUCACUUUUCGAAUGUACUAAAUCAUAGUCAUCCCAAAAAAUUGAUAAUGAACUCAAAGACUCAACAAACUCAUAUUUUUUUUAAGAAGGAAUGUUGUGGUGUAGAUGCUCAAGUUGGUGAGUUCACAAAAUCCGGAUGGUUCAAAUUAACACGCGGAAAAAAUCAAUUCCCACCAGCGUGUUGUCCUCUGGAUGUUCAUGGAAAACUUCUACCAGAAUGCCCGAAAGUUAUGCGUCAUGUUAAAGUGAGUUUUUUUUUUUUAAUUUUUCCUUUUUUUUAUUGCGAGGAAAAACGCUUUCGCAAAAUAUUGUAAUUGUUUUCGUGUUAGCAUGUGAUAAAAAAUGUCUCUCGGGAAUCUAGAAAAUUAGAGACAGAAAAAAUCAUGAGCUUGCUAUUAUCAUUAUACGUAUAUUUAUUGUGUGUUUGAAGGGCUGCUACGCAAAAAUUGCUGAAUCAUUUCGAGAACUCACUUCACAUUUCAAAAUAGUUGCUUGGACUGUGAUAUUAUUUGCACUUAUUCAGGUGAGUUGGGUUUUUUCAGAGACAGAAUAGGAAAUAUCAUUUCCGGUUUCCAAAAUUUUAUCAUUGUUCAUAUUAAUAUUAUUCAAAUGUUUGAAUGAAUGGCUGAUGCAUGUUUCAGGUGGUUGGUAUAAUUGUUGGUUUUUGGCUUUGCGAUUCAAUUACUUCUGACGACGAUCUUUUCUAA